AAUUUACAUUUCCCCUCGGCUUCUUCUCCUGUUCCUUCCGCCAUUCUUUCGAAUCAAAGAAACAAGAGAAUUUACUGAACCAGAGAAAAUAAAAGAGAAGAAAGAGACAGAGCGAGAGUCAGAGAAAUGAAAGGAGAGGUUGCAGACGAUCUCCUGAACCUAAGCCUAAGCAUAGGCCAAACCAAAAAGAGAAAGAGAACAGAUCAGAAUCUCGCCAUAGCUGCCGUUCUUCACGCCCGCAACCGCAUGCUCCAUCAAACCACCCCAAUCUUACUAGACCACAACAUUGAUGGCCUCCAUCUCAUCCGCCUCCUCCUCCUUUCCGCUUCAGCUGCCGACCUCCACGACUUCUCCACCGCCGUCGAAUCCCUCCUCCACCUCUAUCCCCAGCUCUCCCUCUCCGGCGAUCCCAUCCAACGCGUCGCCGCUUACUUCUCCGACGCCAUCCUCGCAAAUCUCAUCGCUCCUUCCUCCCCCUUAUACUCUUCUCUCUCCCCUUCCCCUACUCCCCACGAAGAAUUCUCCGCCUUCACCUCACUCUACCUCGCCUCUCCAUACCUCCAAUUCGCUCACUUCACCGCCAAUCAAGCCAUUAUCGACGCCUUCGAAGCUGAGGAGCAUUGGAAUGGAGGAUCUCUCCAUGUCAUCGAUUUCGACGUCUCCUAUGGCUUCCAGUGGCCUUCUCUAAUCCAGUCUUUAGCUGACAAAGCGAAGAAAGAUAAGCCCUUUAAGCUUCGAAUCACAGGAUUUGGCCGGAGCGAAGCAGAGUUGAAAGAAACAGAGGCGAGGCUAUCUGGUUUUUCUAAAGGAUGUCGUAACCUCUACUUCGAAUUCGAGGGGAAGAACAUGGAGAUAAAUAGUUUCAAAGAUCUCAACCUGUGGGAAAAUUCGACCGUUGUAGUAAACUCAGUCUUCAAUCUCCACAUGCUGAAAAGCUCCACGCUUCAAUUAAUACAAUCUUUGAAUCCUUCUCUGCUAAUUCUGGUGGAGAAAGAAGGUCGCAGGACGGAAACAACAAGCAAAAGCUUCCUCUCACGAUUCAUGGAGUCACUGCAAUACUUUGCGGCGAUGUUCGAUUCUUUGGAUGAUUGCCUUCCUGCUGGCAGCAAAGAGAGGUUGAGGAUUGAGAAGAACUACUUGGGGAGAGAGAUUAGGAAUGCCGUGGAUAUGAAGCAAGAAGAAGAUGAGAAAGAGGUUUUGAUCAAGUAUGGGACACUCGCGACAUGGAAAGAAGCGAUGGAAAGAAGCGGCUUUGAAGGAGUCAUGAUGAGCUCCAGGUCUGUAAGCCAAGCAAAGCUUUUGUUGAAGAUAAAGAGCCAUUGCUCCACCAUGGAAGAGCAUGGAGGAGGAGCUGGGUUUCGAAUUUCUGAGAGAGAUGAUGGAAGGGCCAUAUCGUUGGGCUGGCAUGACAGGUAUUUGAUUACUGCAACUGCUUGGAGAUGUAAUUCUCGAUGAUUUUGAUAUUGUUGGAGGACUUGUACUGUAGAGCUGUGUUACAUAGUUUUUUUUUUUUAAUUUGAUGCGGUUAACAAAAACUGUUAAGUUGUUAGUGUAAUGGGUUUUGAUUUGAAAAGAUUUGGAUGUAAAUCUAUGUUUUUGUUCAUGAUUCUUAGGUUUGUUAAUUAUAUUUGUACCCCCCUAAAAAUAAGAGAAAUUAUUGGCAACUUUGAACA